AUGCAGUUGCGUACCCUGCUCUGUCAGAACGAAGACGCCACCGGAAUCAUCAUUUUUUACCAAAACAUCAGAGGACUUCGAACGAAAGUUGAUGACUUUUUUGUUUCGGUUUGCGACACCGAAUUCGAUGUUAUUAUCCUCACCGAAACUUGGCUGAAUGACCAGAUUUGCUCGCCGCAGUUGUUUGGAACCAGCUACAACGUCUAUCGCAACGACCGUGACGCGGAAAGUACUGGGAAAAAGAGAGGUGGUGGUGUACUGAUUGCCGUUUCCAACCGUAUCAGUUCUUCAAGAACUUCUAGUAAUGUGGAAUGUGAGAUAGAACAGUUGUGGGUUGAUAUUGCUGCAGGUUGUCGAACCAUCCGCCUUGGCGCCGUGUAUCUUCCUCCUGAUGUCUCGAGCUCCGUCAUUGCGAUUGAAAAGCAUAUCAAUUCCGCAUUAGCAGUGUCUGAAAAUCUACAACCGCAUGAUUUUCAUCUUAUCUUUGGCGACUUUAAUCAACCGAGCCUGUUGUGGAAACGUGCUCAUAAUGGAAAAUUGUAUGUCGAUCCUGAAUACUCCGCAUAUACUACAGCUAACUCAGCAUUAGUCGAUGGAAUGACAGUGUUGGGCAUGGAGCAAAUAAACCACGUUUCCAAUGCCUACGGCCGAACAUUGGAUCUUGUUUUUGCUAACGGAAGCGCAAUAGAUUUCUGUGAUAUAGCUGAAGCAGCUGAACCCCUAACAAACGCCGACGAACAUCAUCCUCCGUUGCUUGUUAAUAUGCGGUGUCCUUCUCUUGCAAGAUUCAGCGAACUGACAGAUGGGAGAGAAUUUGAUUUUCAUCGCGCUGAUUUUCGAGGGCUGAAUCUUGCCCUGCAAGGAAUUGACUGGUCAUUCCUUGAUGGGACAGACAUUAAUGAAGCAGUGAAUUUGUUCAACCAAACUGUGACUUCUCUGUUUAAUGCGUAUGUCCCCAAGCCUAAAGUGAAGCAUAAACCUCCAUGGUCCAACUGCCGCCUCCGUGUUCUCAAACGCAAAAAAGCCAAUGCAUUAAAAAGGUACUCUCGCUGUCGUAAUGCCAGCACUAAGCUAGACUUUACUAGCGCAAGUUCGCGGUACAGAAACUAUAACCGUCAUCUGUACUCAGUGUACGUUAAGCGAAAGCAAAACGACUUAAGGCAAAACCCUAAAAAGUUCUGGUCGUUCGUAAACGAGAAACGUAAGGAGAGUGGUCUUCCAGCUAAGAUGUUUCUUGGUGAGCAAUCAUCUAGCGGUCUCGAAGAUACUUGCGGUUUAUUUGCUCAACAGUUCUCAAGUGUUUUUACUGACAGUGACGUAUCAACUGAGGAGAUCGAAGAUGCCAUCAAGCUUGUCCCAGAGAACCUCUGCUGUAUCAACAUUAUUAGUUUCUCCGAGAACGAAGUCAUGAAUGCUUUAAAUAAGUUGAAGCCGUCUGCAACUCCUGGGCCGGAUGGCAUUCCCGCUCUCAUGUUGAAAAAAAUGUGCAAUUCCACUCGUGUAUCCACUACGCAAAAUAAUCAAUCGAUCUCUUUGUGA